AUGGCAAAUACUCUGCUCCUGAUCUUGUCCCAUCCACUGCAAGCACUGCUCUUCACGUAUUCAUUUUUCUCCCAAGUCCUGCUCGCUCUUCUACGCCGGCUGCUACUUCCACACUUUCCAGUCUACCAGCCUCUCCGGCUACAGGUGCAUCGAGCCUAUCUUGCCGCUGCUGCUUUGACCUUUCCGAAUCUUACUCACCGGCUGCCCGUGGGGAAGCUUUCUGCCAAGCCGGCUCGCAAAGUCGACGAAGGCGUGCCGGCCUACCUCAUCCCUGGAAAACGACAGCUUUCCGAGUUUGCACGCGGAGGACACGGGAAACAAAGAUGCGUCGUUUUAUUUGCGCAUGGCGGCGGGUACGCUCGUGGUGAGGCGAGAAUGUACCUCAAGUACAUGGAACGGUGGGUCGCAGAGGCGGCGAGAAAGGGCCUUGACCUCGCCUUUUUCAGCGUCGAGUACCCCCUUUCGACCCAAGAAAGCCACCCCGCGCAGAGAAAUACCUUUAUCCAGGUAUACCGUUUCUUGCUCGACAGCGAGAUAGGGCCGGAGAAUGUCGUCUUCAUGGGUGAUUCCGCUGGCGGUGGACUGAGUAUUCUGGCCGGCCUGGAACUGGGGCGGCUCAAUCUCCCGCAGCCGGCUGCAACGGUCUUGAUCUCGCCCUGGGUCGACAUGACUUUGAAAGCGCAUCGAGGAGGGAAUCCAGCCGUGGAGAGCGACUACUUUCUGAUGGCCAACAAGGCCGUGCCCGCACUGGUUCAAUUGUUCAUUGGGGACCGGCCGCCCGACUCGCCCGAUGUGAAUCCUCUUUGUCGCCAGCCCGAAGAGCUCAAGGAUCUCAGUCCGCAGCUGAUCUUCACAGGAGGCGCCGAGUUCGCGCGUACCGACUCGGAGAAAUGGGCAGAGCUGUGCCAGAAAGCGGGUGUGGAGCACAAGUUGAUUAUCGAAUGGGCCCAACUGCACGUUUACGCCGUGGGUUCCAAAUUCACCCAUCCGGCCGUGCGCGGGAAGACGGACGACAUGAUCAUCGAGUGGGUCAAGGCCCAUGUAGCACAGUGA